AUGUCAGUUGUAUAUGAUCAACAUUAUAAGAAAAUCAUGGGGGUAUUUAAAACGAUAGAAACGAAACUUAAACUUAAACCUGGAGAAUUUAUAUUUGUUUUAUCAUUUAUAUUGAAUUUUUUAAUUGGUAGAAUUAUUCAUUUUACAUCACCUGAAGAAGAAAUUUAUAAUUAUUAUAGUAAUAAAAAGAAUAUAUUUAAUAAAUUAUUUGUUAAACAAGGUUGGGGAUGGACUACAUUAGUUAUAUUAAUAUUUUAUUCCAAUUUAAUUUAUAAAACAAGUAAUUAUUCAAUAAGACAAAAAUUAAUUUAUAAAGGAAUUUUGAAUUAUUUAUUAAGUACAUUAUGGUGGAUUUUAUUUACUCAAUGGUGUUUUGGAUUACCUAUAAUGGAUAAAAUUUUUAUUUGGACAGGAGGUAAAUGUAAAAUUGAAGGAAUUGAAAUUAAAAAUAUUAAUCAUUUACAUAAUAGUUUUAUUCAAACAUUAGAAAAUAUUUGGGAAUCUACUGGUAUAACAUCAUAUACUUGUAGAAAAUUUAAAGGUAAUUGGAUUGGUGGUCAUGAUCCUCUGGGUCAUGUAUUUUUAAUGAUUCAUUCAUCUUUAUAUUUAUAUUUAGAAACUAUUGAUUAUUUUCCAGGUUUUUCAAAUAUUAAAAAUAAUUUAAAAAGAUUAGUAAGAGUUAAUUCAUUUAAAGAAAAAUUAAUUAUUCUUUGGAAUACUCCCCUGAUUUUCAUUAGUUUAUUAAUUGGUUUAUGGUGGUUUAUGUUGUUGAUAACUAAUAUGUAUUUUCAUCUGAUUUUGGAAAAAUUGGUUGGAUUGAUAUUUGGAUAUUUGGGAAUUGCGGUAAUAUACUAUUUACCUAGAUGGAGAUAA